AUGAACGAAGAGGGCCCCCAGGUGAAGAUUAGAGAAGCGAACAGGGAUAAUGUCGACUUCAUACUGUCCAAUGUGGAACUGGCCAUGGCCAACUCUCUUAGGAGAGUGAUGGUGGCCGAAAUCCCUACUUUGGCGAUCGAUUCCGUGCAAGUGGAAACGAACACCACUGUGCUGGCAGAUGAGUUUAUUGCACACAGACUUGGGUUGAUACCUUUGCAGAGCAUGGACAUCGAGCGGCUGGAGUACUGUCGGGACUGUUUCUGUGAGGACCAUUGCGACAAAUGUUCUGUUGUGCUGACGCUGCAGGCGGUGGGUGAGAGUGAGUCCACCACGAACGUGUACGCCAAGGAUCUGACCAUCGUGUCGAACCUCAUGGGACGCAACAUUGGCCACCCAAUUAUACAGGACAAAGAGAAUAACGGGGUGCUUAUUUGCAAGCUGCGGAAGGGCCAAGAGCUGAAGAUGACGUGCAUUGCGAAAAAGGGGAUUGCCAAGGAACACGCCAAAUGGGGUCCCACCUCCGCUAUAGAGUUUGAGUACGACCCCUGGAACAAGCUGAAACAUACAAGCUACUGGUACGAGGUGGAUGCUGCUCAGGAGUGGCCCAACUCGGAGAACUGUGAGUACGAGGACCCUCCAGUGGAGGGAGAACCCUUCGAUUAUAAGUCCAAGGCGGAGACUUUCUACAUGAACGUGGAAACGAUAGGCUCCAUCAGCGUCGACCAAGUAGUAGUCAGAGGGAUUGACACUCUACAGAAGAAAGUAGCAUCCAUACUGUUAUCGCUGACCCAAAUGGAGCAAGAAAAGACUAACUUUGCUCAGGGGAACGUUCCGGGCAUCGAGGGCAACAUGAUAAAUAGCGGCGGUGCAGACACUGGGUUUGCCGGAGGAAAUGAUCAAGACAUGUACGUUCCAAACGCCGGCACAGGAGGCAACAUCGGGAGUGGCAGUGGGAGCGGUGUGUACGACGACGCCUGGUAG